AUUCGGCUCAAGAGCCCAAGUGGGUUCACCAAGUGAAUCCUGCACUGGGGCUGCAGGCGUAGCUGCCAGCCAGUCCGGAGCCGAGCUUGCACUUCUCAGCUCUCGGGCUGUCGAUGGGACUGGGCGCCACUGAGCAGGGGGCAGCUCCCGUCGGCACCACCGUGUCCCGGCCCGGCCGCGGGGAGCCCUGCUUCAUCGCCGUGGGCUACGUAGAGGCCACGCAGUUCAUGCGGUUCGACAGUGACGCCGCGAAUCCGAGGAUGGAGCCGCGAGCGCCGUGGGUGGAGCAGGAGGGGCCAGAGUAUUGGGACCGGGAGAUACGAAGCGCCAAGACCCACGCAGAGACUUUCCAAGGGAACUUGCAGACCCUGCUUCGCUACUAUGAGAGCGAAGCCGGUGAGUGACCCCAGUCCGGGACGCAGGUCACGACUCCUCCCCGUCCCCUACGGACGGCCCGGGUCGCCGUGAGUCUCCAGGUCCGAGAUCCACCCCGAGGCUGCGGGACCUGUCUGGAGCGUCGACUUGGGAGAGCCCCAGGCGCGUUUACCGGGUUUCAUUUUCAGUUUAAGCGAAAAUCCCCGCAGGUGCGUCGGGUGGGGGCGGGGCUUGGUGAGCGGGGCUGAGCGUGGGGGAGCGGCCAGGGUCUCACACCUUCCAGGAGAUGUUUGGCAGAGUAGUAGGUUCCAAGGACCGCCUCCUCCGCGGGUAUGAGCAGCAUGCCUAAGACUACAAGGAUUACCCCGCCCUGAACGAGCACCUGUGCUCCUGGACUAGGACGGCUCAGAUCACCGAGCCCAAGUAGGAGUAGGUUGAAGAGGCAGAGCAAUCCAGGGCCUACCUGGAGGGCGUGUGUGUGUAGUCCCUACACAGAUACCUGGAGUACGGGAAGGAGACCCUGUAGCGUGCGGGUGCCAGGGGCGAUGAGGCGUCUCCCUGAUUUGUAGAUCUGGCUGGCCUCCCACGAGGAGGGGAGGAAAAUGGGAUCAAUGGUAGAAUAUCGCUCUCCCUCUGGGUUUCAUAUCGUGAGAUGUGACUCUGAGGGACAAUUAAGUGAUGAAGUCUCUUGAGGGAAUGGAGGGGAAGACAAUCCCUAGAAUACUAAUCAGUGACUCCCUUUGUCCCCUGCAGCAGUUUUGGGUACCACAGGGCGAUUUUCUCUCAGACCUUCUUCUCUGCCUCACAGUCAGUGUCUUUGGAGGUCUGAUUGCAGCCUUUCUGCGUCUCUUGGCUUCUACCUGGGUCAGAAGCUUAAGUCCUCAGAGACCUGGAGCCUCUCAACCUAGGCUGCAUUAUCCAGAUUCUAGACCUUUCCAAGGAAUAGGAACAUUAUCCCAGAUUCCUGUGAUAAUUAUUCCUGUGAUAAAUCCCAGGCUGGUGUCUGGGUUUUGCGCUCUCUCCCCGACCCCAGGUGUCCUGUCCUGUCCAUUCUCAGGAUGGUCACAUGGGCGCGGAGUGCAAAGUGUCUGAAUUUUCUGACUUUUCCUCUCAGACCCCUCAAAGGCACACGUGAUCAGCCGCCCCAUCUGACCAUGAGGCCACCCUGAGGUGCUGGGCCCUGGGCUUCUACCCUGUGGGGAUCACACUGACCUGGGUGUGGGACGGGGAGGAUCAAACUGAUAGUGAAUGAGUCUCAUGAGAUCUGAUGGGGUUUUUCUGUUUGUUUUGUUUUGUUUUUUCUGAGAGGGACUCU